CAGCGCCAGGGCAGGGGCGACGCCUCGAGGUACAACGGCGGCGGUGCGGGAGCGGGAGGCGGGCCCUGCGCCGGCCCAGUAGUGCUGGAGAAGCCGAGGCUCUAGGCCGCGGGGGCCGGGUGCGAUGGCGCAGGAGCAGGUGAGCUGCGGCUUGGACCCGGCCCCAGGUUGUGAGGCAGCGGCGACAGAAGAACCUAUGGUGCCCUCCGUGGAGACCUCCAAAGACGUCGCGGAGACACCGGACGACUACGACAGCAAAUGCGUGUUCUGCCGGAUCGUGAGGCGGCAGGAACCUGGCACCAAUCUCCUGCCCUGUGAGAAUGAAGACCUAGUUUGCUUCAAAGAUAUCAGACCAGCAGCACCUCAUCAUUAUCUUGUAGUGCCAAAGAAGCAUAUUGGAAACUGCAAACAUCUAAACAAAGAUCAAAUAGAACUGAUUGAGAGCAUGGUAACUGUUGGAAAAACCAUUCUUGAAAUGAAUGAUUUCACUGACUUCACAGAUGUGAGGAUGGGUUUCCAUCUGCCACCAUUCUGUUCGAUUUCCCACUUGCACCUUCAUGUUCUGGCACCAGUCAAUCAGCUUGGCUUCUUAUCCAGAUUGGUUUAUAGAGUCAAUUCCUAUUGGUUUAUUACAGCUGACCAUUUGAUUGAAAAACUGAGGACAUGAAAAUAUCAACAGUGGAAGAUUUCCCUAAUCUUGGCUCAAUAUUAAUUAAUAUUUUGGUCCCUUUGAAGUGUAAUUGCAAUUUUAAGGUUUGUUGGGUUUUAUGGGAGGCUAUUAGUGAGUAGCCUUAAAUCUUUUCUUAGUAUCUUCUUCCUGAGAUCUGUGAUCUAGUUAUAUGAAUACUUUGUCACUGACUUCUUUGAUUUAAUGGUUACUUGUCUAAGGAUUUUACAUAUAUGAUGCUAUAGAUAAAAUCCCAUUUAAAACAAAUUCUGUUAAUUGAGAAGGGUUCUGUAUUUUUUAAAAAGUCAAAAUAUUUUCAUGUCUCAGUAAAUCAUCAAUUAUAAUAGUGAUUUAUUUAUGAAGAAUAAAAUUCCAUAGAAAGUAUUUUGUUGGAACUUUUAUUACUGUGAAGGAGAAAAAGAAUUUAGCUAUUUCUUGACAGUUCUACAGUUUUAAACAUAAAUUUUCAAAAUAAAGAAUACCAUACUACACAGUGAUCUCUGAUCUUGCAGAUGGAAAGAAUUAUAUAUAUGUCACUUUUUAUUUAAAUUUCAGAUACUGGUCUUCACUUCUUGAAGCCUUGUAUCUUUUUAAUAAAUUAUAUAAACUAUAUAAUAUAUAUAAUUUCUAACAGUGAGUUUACAAUAACAACCAAAUUGGCUAUCAGAAGUCACUGUAAUGGAAUUUUGCGUGUAAUAACAUAAAGGGGAAGAAACAAAAAGUGGUUCUAAUGUAUUAAAGCUAGCAGAAACUGUUGCUUUAUGGCAUUUUUUUUUUUUUACCAAAAGGAAAUUAGAAUAAAAGUGGUUUAAAAGACUUAGCUUUUAUCAUGAAAAGAGCCUUAUUUGAAAGUAGAGAUAGAUAGGCUUAGAUGAGAAUAUUAUUUUAAUAACACAAUGUUAAUAUUAUUGAUAAAUCAUUUCAAGAGGCAUAUUUCUUUAGGAAUUGUCUUGUGGUGGUAAUCUACAGUCACAAUAGUGAAUGUGAAUGAAGAGUAGUACUGAAAGCUAAUCCUACAUUGUGCCAGUGUACAAUAGUAACAUGCACAUGAAUAUAAAUGAACAUAAGGAUUAAUGUAUUGUUGGAAAUAAGCUGAGAUUACUAGUUUUCUUUUUUUUUUUUUUGGCAUGACAUUAAACAUAGUUUUAAAUAACAAAAUACCACAAUGCUUAGUUAUAACAUCUGGAAUCAAUAUUGUUUCAUUUGUUCAUUAAUUUAUUCAUUUAGCAAACAUUGUGUUAAACAUUUAAUGUGUACCAGACACUGGCAGGAUCAGGAAAUAAAGAAAUGAAAAUGGAAAGUCUGCCUGCAGUUGCUAAUACAGGGGUCAGACAAAAUCAGCAAUUGGAAUUUAAUGUAUUAAGUGCCAUAAUGUCCACAGAAGAAACCGUGGAGGGGGAAACACUUCUAAGAGCAGGUAGCAGUAGAACUGAGUAUUCAAGACUGAAUGUUGGGCUAGCAGACUGUGACGGUGUAGUAUAAGAAACCCACACGUACUUUCCUUGAGUUCUGCUUCCCCUAUUAUUUACUUUACAAUUGACAUAAAUGUCCAAAUUUCAUCUCAUUCACUGAAGGUGAAGAGAGGGAUUUAGAAGUAGGAGUUUUGGGCUCUCAAAAUUUGAUUUAGAGGCUCUCCAGCACUGCUUUGUGAUAUAGCUUACUGAGCACCUACAAAGAUUAACAGUUACCAGUUUCUAUAAAUCAGAAUACGACUAACCUAAGGGAAGGAAUUUUCAAAGAUGCAAACUUUGAGUCUUUUACUAUGUGAACUUGUAAUGAUAUAAGUGACAACAUUAUAACAAUAACAUGUAAAGUAUUUAAGGAAUUCUCAAAUGCUUUAUGAACCUCUUCCAAAAUGUGAUUAGCCAAUUGAUCCAAUUUAUAUAGAUUCAUAUAAAUUUUUCUUUGUUAGAAAACCCUUGGAAAUACAUUUAUACUGGAGAUUGUCUUUUAUUUAUAAAAAUUAAUAAUCAAAUUACUACAAUUAAAAUCCCUUUUCAGUAGUCUAAAUAUUUGGAACUCCCUAGCUGUCUAUAACACUAGUUCAAAACAAAGCUAAUUCAUAACCUGUCUUAAAAUGUUUAAAGUGGUAUUGAGAGUGUUGUUUAUGCAUGUUGUGAUCCUAUUUGUGUAAUUAUGUAAACGUAAAAUUUUUAUGAUGAGACAUUUCAAAUUGUGCUUACUUAGCUAGAAAAUGAAAUAAAAAUGGAAAAAUAUUA